AUGGAGGCUCCAGAGGGUCAGGGGAGACUGCAGAGCGGACUACCCUCACCUGGACGCCCCCAUGCCAGCUACCAACGAUCUGGCACAACCUCCAUCUCUCCUGCCUUACUCCUCCCGUCUAUCCGAAUCAGAACUUCCACUCUGUCGUCAAGGAGACCGUCGCCGGCAGGUACUGGCAUUACGGAAACGCGACGUGGCAUGCACGCCGUUAGACAGCCAGGUGCAUUCCGGGGUGAGCCAGGAUCAGGGAUGAGGAUUGGCCGAUCAUCUCCGAGAGGAAGGACUCGGACACGCCUCCUCUCCAACAGCAGCUUAGAUCUGGGAGAGGAAGAGGAGGAGGAGGAAGAGGAGGAGGAGGAGGAGGAGGAGGAGGAAGAGGAAGAGGAAGAGGAAGAGGAUGAUGAUGAUGAUGAGGAGGAUGAGGAUGAGGAGGAGGAGGAGGAGGAGGAAGAAGAGCCAGAGGGUAGUGGUUUGCUGGGGGUGGUGACUCAGACCCUAACUCCUGCUCUUCCCUCGUCCCCUGCUCCUUCAGCGAUGGAUAGGAGGAUGAGUAAAAGAGAGAGGAACAGGGUGAGGAGGCAGAGGAGGAGGCAGAGGAGGAGAGAGCGAUGGAGACAGAGCCAGCAGGACAAUACACAGGUGAGACCGUAUGCCCUUAUCUAGUGGUGGCUAAAGUUAGCUAAAGUUAUUACCGGCUGCUUAAAGAAUACCAAACAAUGGAUUACAGUUUAUUUUGAUCCGUAGACUACUUUCAGGCUGAGGAACCAUCUAACACAACGUUGUAAAAUACUGAACUUCCCCUUUAAUGUCAGAUACUGUAGGUAUCUGAUCCUUUGUCUGAUUACAGUCUGAAGCCAUCACUCUGUUGGCCUCGCUUCCUGAAAGCAUGAUCAGCUGUAUAGAACGGAAUCUUCUGAUGCAUUUUAAUACAAAGGCCAUUAAAACCUCUCACACAAGCUUGAGUUUCCUUUAUUGAUCCAACUAAGAGCCCAUUAUCAUUAGUAUUUUUUGAAAGCCUUUAACUCUACCACAACAGUGUAUCAUUCACACAAAUACCAAGCAGUGCACUGUGUGCUCUCUGCUGUGUGUGUUACAGCUUGUAUGUGUGUGUGUUUCUGCACACUGUAGCAUGUGUAUACUAUACCAUAUGUAAAAUGGAUCAGUUCUGUGCCAGACAGACAAUGUCUCUCAAUAGACUAGGUUACAGUGUGUUGCUUUAGCCAACGGGUCACUGUGCCAAACCAGAUAUGUCAAGGACAGAGCUUUGUUGUAUAUUCAGUGACUUGGUGGGCUGAUGACUGACUUUACAGGCCCAUCAAUGUCAGUGUGUGUGUGUGUGUGUGUGUGUGUGUGUGUGUGUGUCUGUGAGUGUGGGUGUCCCGCUGACUAUCGACAAGCCCCACCAGCUUGUCUCAAUAGCCAUUGUCUGUGCAGUUAAGGUGGGGUUAUAUCUGAAUGGGCUGCAUGAUGAGGCUUGGGCAGAGAGCCCUUCAAAACCACCCAAACAAAAGAACAGAUUCCAGUCUGAUUGGUCGAUGCAGAUCCACAGGCACAUUGCUGGACUGGAAUGAUUGUGACUGGCUGUUGUUUAGUUUCUGCCAUCAUUCUCUGUGGACAUGAUGGCAAUUAGCAUACCGUAUGUAGAAGCUGCCAUACACAUUACACAACAUACAAUGUGCUCCUAGCCGAUAUCAUUGUGGCCAUAUGAUUAUCAGAUUGGUUUUGUGAAUUGUUAUGAAUAACUUGCUGUGGCAAUGGAUGGAGUUAAGUAGUUGGCUAGAUGACUACUUGGAAGAUGCCAAUUUAAAUGCUGUGUGUGUAAAUGAAGUGGUUGGCUAAAUAAAAUAAAUAACUGUGAACAGAAUAUAGUGUGGCCAGUGGUGGAAAAAGUACCCAAUUUUCAUACUUGAGUAAAAGUAAAGAUACCUUAAUAGAAAAUGACAAGUAAAAGUGAGUCACCCAGUAAAAUACUACUUGAGUAAAAGUCUAAAAGUAUUUGAUUUUAAAUAUACUUAAGUUUCAAAAGUAAAUGUAAUUGCUAAAAUAUACGUAAAUAUCAAAAGUAAACGUAAAAGUAUAAAUAAUUUCAAAUUCCUUAUAUAAAGCAAACCAGAUGGCAUCAUUUACUUGUUAUUUAUUUAUUUAUUUACGGAUAGCCAGGGGCAUGCUCCAACACUCAGGCAUCAUUUACUAUCGAAGCAUGUGUUUAGUGAGACCGCCAGAUCAGAGGCAGUAGGGAUGACCAGGGACGUUCUCUUAAUAAGUGUAUGAAUUAGACAAUUUUCCUGUCCUACUAAGCAUUCAAAAUGUAACGGUUACUUUUGGGUGUCAGGGAAAAUGUAUGGAGUAAAAAGUACAUUAUUUUCUUUAGGAAUGUAGUGAAGUAAUAGUAAAAGUUGUCAAAAAUAGAAAUAGUAAAGUAAAGUACAGAUACCCAAAAAAACUACUUAAGUAGUACUUUCAAGUAUUUUUACUUAAGUACUUUACACCACUGAGUGUGGCAAUACGGGUACUAGUUUUGAGUACCAGGCUGUUCCUGCUUCUGUAUACAGUGUUGCCUUGCCUUGUUUUGUAAGACACUGACAAGUUUGCUAAAAACAGAGAAGGACUGACCCACACUCUGAUACAGAUCAGUACUCUCAGACUGUGUGUAUUGUCCUGUAGCCAGAUUCUCUCUGUGUACAUCAUGGGACCAUGUGCCUUUGGUCCCGUUUCAGAUUCAUAUUUUGAGAUUCAUGUAAUGUAAGCACAUUUCAGGCAUGGUUUGUUCCUGCUUUUUCAGUCUCUGCACUACAGGAAGUGUUCUGUUCCUGUGCAGCCCAGGGACAGAGGAGUCUGGGCUGUGUUAGAGCAGUGUUCUUUAAUAUCUAGUGGGGACCCACAGCUAACACACCUGCUUCAACUCAUCAUUAGGUGUGUUAGUAUUGGGAUGAAACGAAAGCCUGAAUACACCGUGGGACCACAGGGUCAGGGUUUAAGAACACUGAAUUAACAACACACUGUAUCCGUGGCUACUAUACACCGUGAGUCCACAGGGUCAGGGUUUAAGAACACUGAAUUAAGAACACACUGUAUCCGUGGCUACUAUACACCGUGAGUCCACAGGGUCAGGGUUUAAGAACACGCUGUAUCCGUGGCUACUAUUUGGUGUUGUUCUGGCUGUGUCUUCGGGAGUGCUGGCUGGACUGUGUUUUUCUGCUCAGCUUGGGGACAGCUGCUUCCAACGCUGUGUGUGUGUGUGUGUGUGUGUGUGUGUGUGUGUGUGUGUGUGUGUGUGUGUGUGUGUGUGUGUGUGUGAUUAGAGGACUGUUCAGUGGUAGGUGUUGUGUUCUGUGACAAUGACACACUUUUGAGAGGCGGCUGCACGGUAGCAGUGAAAUCACUAGAGUUCCCCCUGGGUGUGAUAAUGGUAAUUACGAUGGGAGGACCUCCAGGCUCCUGUAGGCUACAAACAUACCAAACCCCAUGAGUAAAGAAGCGGUAGGGAUGGGAGCCCUGAGAGGGAGUAGGAUGAAGAUGCCCCCAGAUGCUGAUCCAGACUCUAGCCUUUCCCCCACUAAUGAUGUAGGUUAGGAUUGGAAGAGGGUACGCGGAUCCUAGAUCUGUGUCGGGCAAGUUUCAGUCCCUGAUAGGGUUCAGUGAGUCGACUGUGGAGCCACAUCAAGUAGCCUUCCUUACAGCUGUAGUCUCUCUCUCUCUCUCUCAGAUAAUUCUCUAGAGGAAGUAGAGAGAGAAGAGAGAGAGAGGAGGAGAGAGAGAGAGGAGAGAGAGAAGGGAGGAGAGGAGGAAGAUGCGAGAGAGAGAAGGGAAGAUGAGAGAGAGAGAGACGAGGAGAGAGAGAAGAGAGAGAGUAGAGUAGAGAGAGAGGGAGAAGAGACGAGAGAGAAUGCAGAGAGAGUAGAGGAGCUACAGAGAGAAAGAGAGAAGCCAGGAGAGAAGAGAGAAGAGAGAGAGAGAGAGAGAGAGCGAGAGAGUAGGAGAGAAGAGAGAGAGCAGAGUAGAGAGAGGAGAGAUGAGAGAGAGAGAGAGAGAGAGAGACAGCGAGAGCAGAGAGAGGAGAGAGAGAGAGAGAAGAGAGGAGAGAGAGAGAGAGAGAGAGAGAAGGAAGAGAGAAGGAGCGAGAAAGGGAGGGAGGAGAGAGAGAGAGAAGAGAAACGGAGAGGAGACGAUGAGAGAAGAGGAGUUAGACGAAAGAAAAGAUGGCAGAGUAGAUAGGCGAGAGAAGAACAGAGAGCUCAGUCAACUACCGACGGUAGAAAGCAGCUAUCGAGAGUGACGGCAUCGAAUAGCGGAGAUAGGCGAAGAGCGAGACUAGACGAUGCUGAGAGGAUCGAGUCUCUCUCUAGUUCUCUAUCUCUCUCUCCUUCUCUCUCUCUCUUCUCUCUCCUCUCUAUCUCUCUCUCUCUCUCUCUUCUCUGUCUUUCUCUCUCUCACACAAAAAGAAAGAGUACUUCCUGGUAACAAUAAGGUAGAAUAGAUACAUUUUUAAAAAAAAUACAGUGUGCUUGAGGUGUGCAUUAAUGGGUUUUUAUCAGUGUUGUGUGUUCCCCUAGAGUGUCUGAAGAACUGGGCUGUCUGCUUCCUAUUUUCUGCUGUGCUUCAUCUGCCAAAUAUCUCACAUCUCAGGCGCACCACUGUAGACAUACCCCCGAGCAAAAUAGUUGUAUGUCUGCUGCCCCAGUUCAAACUUCAGUUGUGUGCCAGCCUUACAGAUGUAGGAUCUUAAUGUGAUCACUCUUUUGUUACAAACUUGUAGUUAAUUCAAGGUUUAAAAACCCCUAGUAUAUUGACGCACUGGUACAUCAAUCUAAGUAACAUAAUACAAAAAUCCCCAUCAACAUCCGUCGUUUUUAAGCUAGAGAUUCGUUUUUUUGCAUGGGCUGCGUCUCAAUCCACCGCAUCCGCCUAUUGCGGCCUUCCGCAUCUCUGGUGGAAGGUGGCCGAGCUACAGCGGUGUUUGUCAGACCAUGAGACGUCUUCUCACAAAAACGUCUGUAGUGUUCGAACGGUUUGGCCUACAAAACUAUUAUGACUCUCACAAAUAUGAUAGUGUUCUCCAUUUUGCUUUACGACCCCCACAAGUGUCACGGGACUCGCCUGAAGUUGGUAACGAUGAUGUGCCAACUUCUGUUUGUAGCGUCCGAUCCAUUUGGGCUACAAUCUAAUGUGACCCCACAGUGGAAAGGGGAGGUUCUCACGAACACAAUGGUGUUCUCCGUGGUGUUCUCUACGACCCUCACAAGUGUCACAGGACUUGUCUGAAGGUAACCGGUGCGUACCGGUUUAAAACAUUUAUGGAAGUAUGGACGUAGUUUUGUGCCUGAUUUCACCAUUGUAUUUCAUAUCUACCAAACCCUCAACUCACCUGCCUUAAUCAGGUCUGCACCAGUACACCUGUCCACACAUCAAAUAGAGCUUCAUGAAAUAUAAUAUCAGGGGAAUAGAACACGUUAUAGACAAAUACACAGUCACUGGAAAUCAUGUAGAGUUUGUUUGGUACAGUGCCUUGCAAAAGUAUUCAUCCCCCUUGGCGUUUUUCCUAUUUGUUGCAUUACAACCUGUAAUGGAUUGUUAUUUGGAUUUCAUGUAAUGGACAUACACAAAAUAGUCCAAAUUGGUGAGAAAAAAAAAACCUGCCAAGAGAGGGCCGCCCACCAAAACACACGGACCAGGCAAGGAGGGAAUUAAUCAGAGGCAACAAAGAGACCAAAGAUAACCCUGAAGGCGCUGCAAUGCUCCACAGUGGAGAUUGGAGUAUCUGUCCAUAGGACCACUUUAAGCCGUCCACUCCACAGAGCUGGGCUUUAUGGAAGAGUGGCCAGAAAAAAGACAUUGCUUAAAGAAAAAAAUAUGCAAACACAUUUGGUGUUCGCCAAAAGGCAUGUGGGAGACUCACUAAACAUAUGGAAGAAGGUACUCUGGUCAGAUGAGACUAAAAUUGAGCUUUUUGGCCAUCAAGGAAAACGCUAUGUCUGGCGCAAACCCAACACCUCUCAUCACCCUGAGAACACCAUCCCCACACUGAAGCAUGGUGGUGGCAGCAUCAUGCUGUGGGGGUGUUUUUAAUCAGCAGGGACUGGGAAACUGGUCAGAAUUGAAGGAAUGAUGGAUGGCGCUAAAACAGGGAAAUUCUUGAGGGAAACCUGUUUCGGUCUUCCAGAGAUUUGAGACUGGGACGGAGGUUCACCUUCUAGCAGGAUCAAAUGAUACAACCCCCCAAAAAAUCAUGUUUAAUUCCAGGUUGUAAGGCAACAAAAUAGGAAAAAUGCCAAGGAGGGUGAAUACUUUCGCAAGCCACUGUAAGCAGCUGUCAAAUAAAAAAAGGUGCUAUAUAGAACCUAAAAGGGUUCUUCAAAGGGUUUUCCAAUGGGGACAACUGAAGAACCCUUUUAGGUUCUAUAUAGCACCUUUUUUUAUUUGACAGCUGCUUACAGUGGCUUGCGAAAGUAUUCACCCUCCUUGGCAUCUUUUGGGUUCCAUGUAGAAACCUUUCCACUGAGAGUUCUACAUGGAACCCAAAAGGGUUCUACCUGGAACCAAAAAGGAUUCUCCUAUGGGGACAGCUGAAGAACUAACCCCUUUGGAACCCUUUUUUCUAAGAGUAGAGGUCAAAGUUUAUAUUAACAUGGCAGGGUGUUUCUCUCAGCCUUCAGGAGUACAACUCAUCAGCAUCUACUUGAAUAUUUUUGUCAACCUGACCUUGACCUUGAAUUUAACCUUGGUCUUGAGUGGGUUGUGUUAUGUUAUUCAACCAUUUUAUGUCCUAGACUUCCACAGGGAACCCAACUGAUCUGAUUAUCUGUUUUGUCCUGUUCUUUUGAAAUAACAGUACAAUGAUACAACCCUCAUGUUCUGUGUCCCAGAAUUCAACAGGGAACCCAUCGAGCAGCAGUGAGGAAGAGGAUGUGAGUGCUGGGGACAGAGAGGGCUUCAUCUGUGCUGUGUGUCUGGACAUUUACUUCAGCCCUUACAUGUGCCACCCCUGUAACCACAUCUUCUGUGAGCCCUGCCUCCGUACCCUGGCCAAGAACAGCCCGACCAACACCCCCUGCCCACUCUGCAGGACCGCCAUCACCCACGUCUUCUUCCAGAAGGGUGAGCACAUUAUCCAAACACUUUUCUCCUUGUCUCUCUCAUGACCACUGCUCUAUAAAAGACUGCAGUUAGUAGACCCAUGGUGGAACCAUCUAGCAGGCACGUGAACAGAUAGGGGUCUACCUGUGCCAGAGAAUCGGCUCCUUUGCACUCGUCAAGUGCCCUUUUGGGUGGUGUUAUAUAUACAGUGAGGGAAAAAAGUAUUUGACCCCCUGCUGAUUUUGUACGUUUGCCCACUGACAAAGACAUGAUCAGUCUAUAAUUUUAUUGGUAGGUUUAUUUGAACAGCGAGAGACAGAAUAACAACAACAAAAAUGUAUUUGCAUUUUAAUGAGGGAAAUAAGUAUUUGACCCCUCUGCAAAACAUGACUUCGUACUUGGUGGCAAAAGCCUUGUUGGCAAUCACAGAGGUCAGACGUUUCUUGUAGUUGGCCACCAGGUUUGCACACAUCUCAGGAGGGAUUUUGUUCCACUCCUCUUUGCAGAUCUUCUCCAAGUCAUUAAGGUUUCGAGGCUGUCGUUUGGCAACUCAAACCUUCAGCUCCCUCCACAGAUUUUCUAUGGGAUUAAGGUCUGGAGACUGGCUAGGCCACUCCAGGACCUUAAUGUGCUUCUUCUUGAGCCACUCCAUUGUUGCCUUGGCCAUGUGUUUUGGGUCAUUGUCAUGCUAGAAAACCCAUCCACGACCCAUUUUCAAUGCCCUGGCUGAGGGAAGGAGGUUCUCACCCAAGAUUUGACGGUACAUCCGUCCAUCGUCCCUUUGAUGCAGUGAAGUUGUCCUGUCCCCUUAGCAGAAAAUCACCCCCAAAGCAUAAUGUUUCCACCUCCAUGUUUGACGGUGGGGAUGGUGUUCUUGGGGUCAUAGGCAGCAUUCCUCCUCCUUUAAACACGGCGAGUUGAGUUGAUGCCAAAGAGCUCGAUUUUGGUCUCAUCUGACCACAACACUUUCACCCAGUUCUCCUCUGAAUCAUUCAGAUGUUCAUUGGCAAACUUCAGACGGCCCUGUAUAUGUGCUUUCUUGAGCAGGGGGACCUUGCGGGUGCUGCAGGAUUUCAGUCCCUCACGGCGUAGUGUGUUACCAAUUGUCUUCCUGUUGACUAUGGUCCCAGCUGCCUUGAGAUCAUUGACAAGAUCCUCCCGUGUAGUUCUGGGCUGAUUCCUCACCGUUCUCAUGAUCAUUGCAACUCCACGAGGUGAGAUCUUGCAUGGAGCCCCAGGCCGAGGGAGAUUGACAGUUCUUUUGUGUUUCUUCCAUUUGCAAAUAAUUGCACCAACUGUUGUCACCUUCUCACCAAGCUGCUUGGCGAUGGUCUUGUAGCCCAUUCCAGCCUUGUGUAGGUCUACAAUAUUGUCCCUGACAUUUGGUCUUGGUCAUGGUGGAGAGUUUGGAAUCUAAUUGAUUGAUUGCUUCUGUGGACAGGUGUCUUUUAUACAGGUAACACACUGAGAUUAGGAGCACUCCCUUUAAGAGUGUGCUCCUAAUCUCAGCUCGUUACCUGUAUAAAAGACACCUGGGAGCCAGAAAUCUUUCUGAUUGAGAGGGGGUCAAAUACUUGUUUCCCUCAUUAAAAUGCUAAUCAACUUAUAACAUUUUUGACAUGCGUUUUGCUGGAUGUUUUUGUUGUUAUUCUGUCUCUCACUGUUCAAAUAAACCUACCAUUCAAAUUAUAGACUGAUCAUUUCUUUGUCAGUGGGCAAACGUACAAAAUCAGCAGGGGAUCAUAUACUUUUUUCCCUCACUGUGUAUAUAUACAGUUGAAGUCGGAAGUUUACAUACACUUAGGUUGGAGUCAUUACAACUCGUUUUUCAACCACUCCACAAAUUUCUUUUUAACAAACUAUAGUUUUGACAAGUCGGUUAGGACAUCUACUUUGUGCAUGACACAAGUAAUUUUUCAACCAAUUGUUUACAGACAGAUUAUUUCACUUAUAAUUCACUGUAUCACAAUUCCAGUGGGUCAGAAUUUUACAUACACUAAGUUGACUGUGCCUUUAAACAGCUUGGAAAAUUCCAGAAAAUGAUAUAAUGGCUUUAGAAGCUUCUGAUAGGCUAAUUGACAUCAUUUGAGUCAAUUGGAGGUGUACCUGUGGAUGUAUUUCAAGGCCUACCUUCAAACUCAGUGCCUCUUUGCUUGACAUCAUGGGAAAAAAGUUGUAGACCUCCACAAGUCUGGUUCAUCCUUGGGAGUAAUUUCCAAACGCCUGAAGGUACCACGUUCAUCUGUACAAACAACAGUACGCAAGUAUAAACACACAGCCGUCAUACCGCUCAGGAAGGAGACGCGUUCUGUCUCUUAGAGAUGAACGUACUUUGGUGCGAAAAGUGCAAAUCAAUCCCAGAACAUCAGCAAAGGACCUUGUGAAGAUGCUGGAGGAAACAGGUACAAAAGUAUCUAUAUCCACUUUAAAAUGAGUCCUAUAUCGACAUAACCUGAAAGGCCGCUCAGCAAGGAAGAAGCCACUGCUUCAAAACCGCCAUAAAAAAGCCAGACUACUGUUUGCAACUGCACAAAGAUCUUACUUUUUCGAGAAUGGCCAUAAUGACCAUCGUUAUGUUUGGAGGAAAAAGGGAGAUGCUUGCAAGCCGAAGAACACCAUCCCAACCGUGAAGCACGGUGGUGGCAGCAUCAUGCUGUGGGGGUGCUUUGCUGCAGGAGGGACUGGUGCACUUCAAAAAAUAGAUGGCAUCAUGAAGAAGGGAAAUUAUGUGGAUAUAUUGAAGCAACAUCUCAAGACAUCAGUCAGGAAGUUAAAGCUUGGUCGCAAAUGGGUCUUCCAAAUGGACAAUGACCCCAAGCAUACUUCCAAAGUUGUGGCAAAAUGGCUUAAGGACAACAAAGUCAAGGUAUUGGAGUGGCCGUCACAAAGCCCUGACCUCAAUCCUAUAGAAAAUGUGUGGGCAGAACUGAAAAGGCGUGUGUGAGCAAAGAGGCCUACAAACCUGACUCAGUUACACCAGCUCUGUCAGGAGGAAUGGGCCAAAAUUCACCCAACUUAUUGUGGGAAGCUUGUGGAAGGCUACCCGAAACGAGUCCUCCAGGGAGUAUUACACACCUUGGGUCUAGCAGAUGAGUCAUUCAGACCAAUGAGAGAAAAUACAACUGAGCCUUCUAUUUACACAUUAAUAUGAUGGAGGGCUAUGGACUGAAUAAAGGCAGGUUUCAAAAUGGGUCAAAUCUGCCCCAGCUAAGCUUAUGUAGCCUGGGCCUUUCUUGCUUCCUUUGCCCUACCUACGUUAACAUGGGUUACAAAUAUAAACUAUUCGUUUUUGCACACUGAUUACAGAUGCGUCGUGUUAGGUGAUUGAAUGCAGGUGAUUUGUGUGCUGAGGGCUAACACCACAGAAAGCAGAGAGGAUGUACUGGUGAGAACCUCAUAGACAUUAAGGGUGCUUGACAAUGAUUGGACAGCAUGGUUUGUAGAUGAGAUUAUUUUGCUGAUUAUCCAGGCCAAGGUCACAAUGGGGACAACCGUAGCUUUCUGAGAGGAGAGACAGAGGGAGACUGAGCACCUUGAUCUACUUCAAAUCAAACACUUAUUUUGUCUCCAAAUAAAUGUUGAUUCCUGUGUGUUUCACACAAGAAUACAAAAGUGCAAACAUCUAACCAGAAUCUACCCAAAUAGUUUUAAGAUAAACUGUGAUAGUGUUUGAUGCUAAAACAAUCAGAUAGUAAACAAGGAAGGGCCUUUUAUUGUUCUGUGUCUGUGUUGCAGAGUUGAACCACACAGCACGGUCAUUCUUCCCAAAAGAAUACCUCUCACGGAAACAGACUUUCCAGAAGGCAAGCUGUGCAAAAUGGCCGCUCCCAAGCUGCAGGAAACUUUUCCGUAUUUUUGGAAGUGAGUGUUAUUAACUUUCUAUAGAGAUGAUUGAGAAAACAUCAUGGUUAUGUUUGAUUUUACAGUCAAAAAUUAAACUUGGUAUCGAAAUAGAGAUGACCAUAUGGUAAUGUAUUUAUUUAUUACCAUUAUGCUAUGAUUGCAUCAUUAUUAUUUAUCACUUACUGUACACUUUGUAUUCCAAGAUUAACGUACAUGCAGAUUUAUUUGGAUAGUCCAUCUGUAGAUUCUCUACAGACUAUCAGUAACAUUUCAACUAACUAUCUACAUUUUUACAUUUUAGUCAAUUAGCAGACGCUCUUAUCCAGAGCGACUUAGAGUAGUGAGUGCAUACAUUUUAAUAAUUGUUUUCAUACUGGUCCCCCGUGGGAAUCAAACCCACAGCAAUGCUCUACCAACUGAGCUACACAGGACUGAGCUACUAAUCCUAGCUCUAACCCUAACCUUAACCCUUAUCCUAACCCUGAACUUAACCCUUACUCCAACCCUAAACCUAAUCCUAACCUUAGCAAGCAGUUGCUUAUCAACAGAUAGUUUGUUGAUAGUAUGAACAUCCGGACUAUCCAAAUAAAGUGUGACCAAAAGUUGGAAUAACCUGAUUUUUUCCUGUCAUUCCAACCCUUCUCCAGGUUUCCAAAGGCAAACUAGUCCGAUAGCCAGGCGUCAGUUCCCCCAUGGGGGGUAUCGUCUGGACACCAUGGACUUUGAGGACGAUUCUCGUGGCUGGCGUUUCGACAUGGACAUGAUCAUUAUCUAUAUCUACUCUGUCAACUGGGUCAUCGGCUUCAUCAUCUUCUGCUUUCUCUGCUACGUCUUCUUCCCUGCCUUCUAA